AUGACAAAGCUACAUAUAACAGGACCCCGAACGCCGACCUCUGGCCCGGUGUCUUUUCAAAAAGUCUUUACGCGAUCACCUGAUAGAAACGAAAGCAAGUUCUUGGUCACGCUUAAACUCGGAGAUGCUCUACGACGAUCCGCCACUCCAGAAGAUACGUCGCAGGCUCAUUUGUUGGAACAGUCACGGAUUGUCCAUUCGAAAGAACUCGGAGGAAGCUCAUCUUCUCAAGAUCAAGCAUUUGCUGGUUUGGACAAGGCAGGAGAUGAUGUAGAUACUGAUAGAGAGGACACACCUCUGAAAGUUUCAGAGUCCGUAAAAACCCCACCUGUACUUUCAGUUCAAAAACAGAAUACGUCAACAGAUAGUCUUCAUACUCCAACAAGAGAGAAUAACCAUACUUUACAGACUGCUGCUGAUCCUGCGCCAGAAACUCCAUCGAAUCAAAGUCAUAGUGAUUCUGAAAGUGAGAUCGAAAUAUUGGAGGUUCGCGCGAUUGACGUCCCCUCGCUGUCAACAGAUCACACAUACAAUAGCACUGACGAGGAUACGGACAAGGACCUUUCGGAUCUCGAUGACGAAAUAAAUGAAGCGCUCACUUCGAAUACGGUGACACCAUCAAGCCUCAGUCCAAAAAAGACUAUCGACGCAAGAACAUCCAAAAUGGUUCAAAAACUUUUGCCCAAUUUAUGCAGAAAGGUCGAACCCCGGUCGCCUCCCCCACCCGGAUUCCGCAACAUCCCACCAAACUUAGUGAAUGCUAUACAGCGAGAGCUCAAUUUUUUCUUCGAUGGUGGUGGUGACGAUGAUGUAGAGGUAGUUGGCAAAAUGGUAUUCUCAUUACAAGACCCUAUCGCAAGAACGAAAAUCAAUCUCCCCAUAAAGGCGACAACGUGUCGCCACUUUGAGUGUUUUGACUUUGACAAUUUUUGCUUGUUUUAUGGCCUCUCGCCAGGAACAAAGACCGGAUUGUUUUGCAAUUUACUAGUCCAGUCGAAAGAGUCGAGGCAAACAGAACAUUUGUUCUACAAGCAACAACGCAUAAUCGCGGAGGGAAAGUUUCGGAUUAAACGCUCGGAGCUAGUGUAUCCACAAUUCUCUGAACAUGGCCAAAUGUUUUUCACUGAUGUAUUCAGUAGAACUCCACCCCUCUACAAAUGCCCUGUGUGCGAUGAAAAAUUUGGUUUGAAGCAAUUAUACAUAAGCGAUGUCUUUAACUUUCUCGUGAAGACAACACCUUCACAUAUCACAAAAAUUGAAUUGGUGGAAAAUGACCGAUACAAAAUCAUAGAAGAGGAUAAUACGGAACCGACCGAGGAACACGCAGAUGUGGUCGAUUUGGAUGACGAUGACGACCAACCACUUGCCUCUCUAAAAGCUGAAAAAGGAUUAUCUUGCCAGGGCGCGGACCGGUCCAUGACAAGCGAUGAAUUUAAUGAUGGUCUAGACGAUGUAUUAAUUGGCCUCAGUCAAGGUCAAGGAGACGGAUCAUGGCUUAACCCACUCACCCUUGACUAA